CAUGUUCUUAAGUCUUUUGUCGUGUUAGAUUCGGAGUUCGAUUCCACACUUACACUGAGCUCCAGCUCCAGCUUCCGAACGAGAAAAAGCGAUUCUGAGGAGAACGAUGAAUAGUUCAUCACCGGCUCAUUCAUCGAUAUCCACCACGGCGGUUGUGAGCGGCGGCGGUGCAAGUAACGCGGCUGUUUCCUUUGACGACCUCCAUUUCCCGUUUGAUCCCAUUUCAACGCAAGAGCGAAAGGACGAGGUUAUGCUAGUGUUAAAAUCGGAUAUCAUGGCUGCACUUGACAAGGAGGUUAAAUCCUUGGAUGAAGAUAACUGGAAGUUUGAAGGACCUCGUUCUCGUAUUAACCUUACAUCACGUCGAGGCGGAGGUGGUCCUCUCCCUUGGCAAACAGAGAUUUCAAAGAAUUGGAAUCUGCCUCCACCAAAAUAGUUGGAACUCUCACCUCAAAGAACUGUACCUCUGUUCAAUUAUCAAGUGAUUAUGGUUGUGAUCUACACAUAAGUACUGUUAUGCUGCAUUUCAUUCCCCCUGGUAGAAAGCCCAGCAGUUAUACUACAACUUCUGGUGAUAUGUAGUUCUGGAGGAGCUUUGAGGAAUUGUUGAUUGCAAACAUAGGUUCCUUCCAGGCAUGAUUUUCAGUCACAGUUUCCCUAUGUCUUUCUAGUCUGGGUAGAGAAGUAGGUGUGCUUUAAUGUAUGCAAUCUCAUUGCUUUAGUUUUGACUCUUUUGAGGGAUCAAUGGUUAAUUGCGGAUGAUUGUUUCAAAUGUAAGGUAUUUAAAUGCAGGGAGAAUCAUUGUUGUAUUGGAGUAACAAUUAAUGGCUAGUGUUAAAUGAAAGUUAUUGACAGGUAGCUAGUUGCAUUA